AUGGCGCCUUCCCUCGACAGCUUCGCCGACAGCCUCACCCACGCCCUCCCCUCGUUUGGCUCGAACGGCACCGCCGCCGCCGCCGCCAAGGUCCCCCACAAGCCGACGACGCUCCACACGUUCAAGGGCGCCGCCGUCGAGUCGUCCAACCUCGACGUCGUGCGCGACUUCGCCAGCACGUCGACGAUCGCCGACACGCUCGAGCUCGACGGCUACUCGCUGUCGCCGGCCGACGUCGUGUCGGUCGCGCGCAAGCACCGCCGCGUCGCCAUCAAGCAGGACGCCAACAUCCAGCUCCGCAUCGACCAGUCGGUCGAGUUCCUCCGCAGCCAGCUCGGCAACUCGGUGUACGGCGUGACCACUGGCUUUGGCGGCAGCGCCGACACGCGCACCGAGGACGCGACGUCGCUCCAGAAGGCGCUCAUCGAGCACCAGCUGUCGGGCGUCCUCCCGACCGACAUGAGCCGCCUCAGCCUCGGUCGCGGCCUCGAGAACGCCAUGCCGCUCGAGGUUGUGCGCGGCGCCAUGCUCAUCCGCGUCAACUCGCUCACGCGCGGUCACUCGGCCGUUCGUCCCGUCGUCCUCCAGGCCCUCGUCGACUGCCUCACGCACGGCGUCACGCCCGUCGUCCCGCUCCGUGGCUCGAUCUCGGCCUCGGGCGACCUGAGCCCGCUGUCGUACAUCGCGGCCGCCAUCACGGGCCACCCGGACUCGAAGGUGCACGUCGUCCAAGACGGCGUCGAGCGCAUCCUGCCGGCGCGCGAGGCGCUCGCACUCUACGGUCUCGAGCCUGUCGUUCUCGGCCCCAAGGAGGGACUCGGCCUCGUCAACGGCACGGCCAUCUCGGCCGCCAUGGCGACGCUCGCCCUGCACGACUCGCACAACCUCGCGCUCCUCGCCCAGGCGACGACGGCGCUCACGGUCGAGGCCAUGGUCGGCCACCAGGGCUCGUUCGCGCCCUUCAUCCACGACGUCGCGCGCCCGCACCCGGGCCAGGUCGAGGUCGCGCGCAACGUGCGCACGCUCCUCGACGGGAGCUCGUUCGCCGUCGCGCACGAGGAGCACGUCGCCGUCAAGGACGACGACCACGAGCUGCGCCAGGACCGGUACCCGCUCCGCACGAGCCCGCAGUUCAUGGGCCCGCUCGUCGAGGACCUCCUGCACGCCUACUCGGUCCUGUCGCUCGAGAACAACACGACGACCGACAACCCGCUCAUCGACGUCGAGGAGAAUUCGGUUUUGCACGGCGGCAACUUCCAAUCGGCCCACGCGUCCAUCUCGAUGGAGAAGACGCGCCUCGCCAUGGCGCUCGUCGGCAAGCUCGCGUUCACGCAGCUCACCGAGAUGCUCAACGCCUCGAUGAACCGCGGUCUGCCUUCCUGCCUCGCCGCCGAGGACCCCUCCCUCAACUACCACACCAAGGGCUUGGACAUCGCGACGGCCUCGUACUGCUCCGAGCUCGGCUACCUCGCCAACCCGGUCACGACGUUCGUCCAGCCGGCCGAGAUGGGCAACCAGGCCGUCAACUCGCUCGCCCUCAUCUCGGCGCGUCGCACGGCCGAGGCCAACGACGUCCUCUCGCUCCUCCUCGCGUCGCACGUUUACUGCGCCGUCAUGGCGGUCGACCUGCGCGCGCUCGAGUUCGACUUCAAGCGCCAGUUCUACCCCGAGAUCUCGUCGCUCCUGACGCAGCACCUCGGCUCGGCGCUCGGCUCCGAGGCGACGACGGCCGAGCUCGUCACCAAGGUCAAGAAGGCGCUCGGCAUGCGCCUCGAGCAGAACUCGACGUACGACCUCGUCGACCGCUGGCACGACGCCUUCUCGUUCGCGACCGGCGUCGUCGUCCAGCACCUCGCGUCGUCGUCCCUGUCGCUCGAGGCCCUCAACCAGUGGAAGGUCGCGAGCGCCGAGCGCGCCAUCGUCGUCACGCGCCAGGUGCGCGAGACGUUCUGGGCGACCCCGAGCAGCGCCGCGCCGGCCCUGUCGUAUCUCGCGCCGCGCACGCGCCUCAUGUACACGUUCGUGCGUGAGGAGCUCGGCGUCAAGGCGCGCCGCGGCGACGUGUUCCUCGGUCGCCAGGAGGCGACGAUCGGCUCGAACGUGAGCCGCAUCUACGAGGCCAUCCGCGACGGGCGCAUCAACAAGGUCCUCGUCGACAUGCUCGCCUAGAUGGCCAGCUCGACGUUGACGUCGAAGGAGCGGCGAGGGUGACGAGGAGGGCGGCUUGACUCGAGUCGGAGGAGGAGGAGGAGGACGACGAGGUCGGACGGCUUAGCGACGGUGCCUGGUGCUCCCUUUCUCUCGAUGCUCUCGUAUCCUGCCACUCUCUCGCCUCUCUGUGUGACUAGACUCGGGACGAUUCUGCAAUACUUAGUGCGAUUCCAGCU